CCUCGCCUUCCGUCCGGGAGCCACCCAGUGAGCGCCUCUGAGACUGGGUGAGCCGCGGCGGCCAAGGCCGGGUCAGAGGCCCCGGGCAGGUCCUUCCGGCGUUCCUGUGCGGGACCAUCGCAACCGGGGAGCUUGGCCUCCGGUGACCUCCCUCUUUCCUAGGAAGAUGUUCCUGGUGGGCCUGACGGGGGGCAUUGCCUCAGGCAAGAGCUCGGUGAUCCAGGUGUUCCAGCAGCUGGGUUGUGCGGUGAUUGAUGUGGACGUCAUUGCCCGGCAUGUCGUCCAGCCAGGAUACCCCGCCCACCGGCGUAUCGUGGAGGCCUUCGGCACUGAGGUCUUGCUGGAGAAUGGUGACAUCGAUCGAAAGGUCCUGGGGGACCUGAUCUUUAACCAGCCCGACCGGCGGCACCUGCUCAACUCCAUCACCCACCCCGAGAUCUGCAAGGAAAUGAUGAAGGAGACCUUCAAGUUCUUCCUCCGGGGAAAAGUGGGUGAAGUAGGGCAGAACAGGCCCACUUAUUCCUGGAAACUCUCUCCAGUCUCCUACAGCUCUGGCUGUGUCACCUCCCUGUUCAGAAAUAACAACUCUUUGGGUUCAAGAUCAAGAUACCGCUACGUGAUUCUGGAUAUCCCCCUGCUGUUUGAGACGAAGAAACUGCUCAAGUACAUGAAGCACACAGUGGUGGUAUACUGUGACCGAGACACGCAGCUGGCCCGGCUGAUGCAGCGGAACAACCUGAACCGCGACGACGCAGAGGCCCGGAUCAAGGCCCAGCUGCCCCUGAAGGACAAGGCCCGCAUGGCCCGCCACGUUCUAGACAACUCGGGCGAGUGGAGCGUCACCAAACGCCAGGUGGUCCUCCUGCACGCUGAGCUGGAGCGCUCCCUGGAGUACCUGCCACUGCGGCUCGGGGUCCUCACAGGGCUGGCCGGCAUCGCCAGUCUCCUCUACCUGCUCACCCACUACCUCCUGCCUUCCCCCUAGCGGGACCCUGCAAGGCAGAAAUUCCUGGGUCUCCAUCUCCUCAGAGGCUGAAACCAGGUAAUGAAUGCAUCGGGUUUCCUCCCAACCCAUCAACACACACACUCUGGAUCUGGGCUGGAGCCCUGCACUGGGCCGACCCUUCCUCGGAGCACAUCCUGUCCAAGGCAGAGAAACAGCCCUCUGUCAGCAGAUGCUCCUUCCCACCUCGCCCAGCGCCCCUCCCUCUGGAACAGUGUCCAUCACGGGGUGAGGAAGCAGCAAUGGUAGACUCUUGUAACUUUCUUGUGGGUGGGGGUGAGGAACACCUUCAGUGGCUGUCACCAGUGUUUAAAGCUGGGAGGGUCCCUGGGCUUGAACCCUCUCCUAGCACGUGCCCCGUCACGGCCAAACCCCGCUGCGUGGACCAUGGGAAAUCAGUUUGGACCAAGGGCUGCCUUCAAGCAGGAUUCCCCUGUAGAUUGAAGCCCUUGGCCAGGAGCCAGUAACAAUUCCCUUGUGGGUGAUGCUGUAGCAGGGCAGAGGCCAGGCUUCUUCUGGGAUGACCCACUGUCGCACCGCACCGUGGCAUUUCCCUAGCACUCCCGGCACCCUGCUCCCCGCCGCCUCCUACCACUCUACCUCCCUGAGCUCUUGCUAGGCUGCACGCGGUGCACCAGGCUGUUUCUGGCCUCUUUGCCUUCACCUUGCUGCUCCCCAAUCUGGAAAACCUUUUUUUUUCCCCUACAACUGGCUACCUUCCAGCUCAGGCACCAUCUGAAGCCCCAGUCUGGGUUAGGUGCUCUGGGAUACCCCCCGCCCCACAUUUUACCUGAAUCCACAGUAUAAUAAUCAGCCAAAAACUGGUUAGUCUCUCCUACUAGAGUGUAAGCCCUUUGAGGGCAGGAACGAUGUCUUAUUCAUCUGUGUUCCUGGUGCAGAGCCUGACUCGCCAUUGGUGCUGAAUAAAGUGUGUUGAUCUGAAA